AUGUCCAUGGCACUCUGUGCUCGUGCCUUUGAGCUUGGCGAAUCAUUUAGACAGCCAAAGAAUAUUCUCUUUGGUAGUGUUGGUGGUGGAUCAUCGCACAUUGAAUGGGUCCUAUCUAUUUUGGACGAGCUUGCUGAUCGAGGACACAACAUUACAUUUGUUACUCACGACAAUGAGGUAAAGUAUGGCCUGAAGCAUCCCAAUCUCAAGACAGUAUCCAUUGGCAGCAAUGAUGUCGACUUGAGCAUUCCCGGGAACAGGAAGCGCCACACAGACAAUGCAUUAUUUCUGAUUGAAGUAUACAAUGCGGUGCAUACAAACUACGAUAUGAAGAUGCGAAAAUAUAAGGGCAUUUUGGAGAGCACCCGAUUCGAUGUCGCGCUAUGCGACCAUUUCACCAUUCCAUGUGUGGAUAUCUCGCAAAAUUUGGAUAUUCCUCUCAUCAUCACCACUGCACUAGCCAUUUCCCAGGACGCGACUGCAUCCUACAUCAACAACUUUUUGGAGAGCAACGAUACUACAACAGCAGACAUGAGCUUUAUACAACGCAUGAUUGCCAAAGUAGUAGAACCAGUAAACUUUGUGUUGGAUCUCAAGCCUGUGAUAGACGAUACCAAAAAAAUGAAGCAAGAGCUGGGCUGGUUGCCUUUAACAGGCAUGCCAGCCUUUGAGGACAACUGGAAAGACUCUCUCAAGAUUGUCAAUAAUCUGUUUGGCUUUGAACCUGCGCGUCCGCUUGGCCCCUUGGUCGAAUUGGUGGGCCCCAUCAUGUCUAAAUCCUAUCCUGAUCUGACAGAGGACAACAAAGAAUUCCUCGAUGCACAUAGCAAGGUGGCAUAUGUCGCAUUUGGUCAGAGUGUCGAGAUUGAAGAUAUCGAGAUUGAGCUUGUACUGAGAUCCCUGAUUGAUGCUAUCGAGUCUGGCGCUUUGGAUGGAUUUAUUUGGGCCAUGCGCAACAGCAUUCAUCGUUUCCCCCACAACAUUGUAUCCAGUACGAACCAGAGCUAUCUUGUUCAAGACAUGUUGCAGGGACGUUACACGCACGCUCAGUUUGUCGAAUGGGCACCUCAAAUGGCUAUUCUCUCUCACCCGCAUACACAGCUAUUCGUGUCUCAUGCUGGUUUGGGGUCUUUGCAUGAGGCUGCCUACGCUGGUGUCCGUACUGCUUUGUAUCCUUUCUACGGCGAUCAGAUGAGCAAUGCUUACAUGAUGCGUACUCAACAUCUCGGUGUUCAAUUGAACCAAGGCAUGAUUCAAGACGUCUUUAGCCAGGAAAUCGAUCGUGUUGCUAGAGAUGUCAAUGGUACUUUCCAGCGUCAUGUAAAUCGCUUCCAAGCUAUGGUGCAGCUCCAUGCUCAGCACGGUGUGGUAAGGGCUGCAGACUUGGUAGAAGAAGUGUUGUUUGCUAGUGACAAUGGUAAGUUGACCCAUCGCUAUCCAGCAAGCCGCGAAAUGUCUUUUAUAAAGGCACAUAACCUUGAUUUAUGGGGCUUCUGGGUGACAUUUGCAUUGCUGUUUGUUGGGUUUGCCUGCUAUACGUUCUACAACAUAUACGAGGCAGCCUUGGUAGCAAAAGACUCACAUAAAAUUCGCAAACAACAGAAAGCAUAUUUUGCGCAAGUGCGAGAGUCUCUCAAAGAAAAGAAGCAAGUAUAG